CUCUCUCUCCUCACUGUAAAGUAAGCACACUGUGCCCCGACUCGACGGAAAUCGCAGGUGGAAACUGGAACAAUUGACAAACUGGCAAAUACUCUCAAUUUGUCAAAAAACAUCCACCUUGAUAAAGAAUUAAUUGCAGUCUUGUUUAUCGUUAUCAAACUCGACGCUAAAAAGUGACGAAACUCAAAAUUAACACUUAAAAAUUGCACUCGUUAAGGUGUAAAGGAUGAGAAGUUUGUAAAUAAAAGACGCUGGUUGCCAUCAGCUGUACAGGAACAUUGACAUUGUUAAUUGCUUCAGUUCUCCGCAAGUUAGUUUUACAAAAUCUUAAAGUUUGUUAAAACUUGUGAAGAAAUCUACGUCAUCAUGCUCGCCGUCCGCACCCUCAGCAUUUGCUGUGGGGCAACGACGCGACGUGUUUUAUAUCAGCCAACCAACUUUGUAAGGAGGAAACUGGGCAAUUUUAGAGCCUUGUCGACAUCAUCUGUUCAUCGAAGUUCGUCGGAUCCUCCAAAUCCUCCGAUCGUACCGGGGGCUGAACCUAUCGCAGUGGCCCCAGAGGUGGUAAAACAGCGCCCCAAAAGAGCCCUGACCUCCACCGAGAGGAACUUUAUCACCCCGGUGAGAGCGAUGCAAGACUUUUUACUGAAGACAAACGAUUUGGCUGGACUUCGUAAAACGAUGAGGCGAUCGCCACAUGCUGACGAACCUCCAAUAAGUGUAUAUUGGAGAAGAGAUGUAGAACAAAGGGCAGUGGAAAUUUGGGGGAGUUGGGACGAAUUGAAGAAGGAGAAAAGAAGACGUGGACAGCAAAAUGAAGAAUAUUUAGACGCACUGACAAAUAUUAAACGCAUUUUGAAAAAGUAUCGCAAAGAGUACAAAGAAGAAGAAUUUGUAAAUGCCAAAGAUGGGCCAAUGCAGACGCUGAUGCAUGGCUCUGGUCGCAUUGUAGUCACUGCAAUUACUAUAAAUGGAACUAAUUUUGUAAUUAAAAUGCUGGCCUGGUCAAUGACGGGGUCACAUAGCAUGUUUGCUGAGGCCAUUCACUCGUUGGCCGACACUAUUAAUCAAGUCAUCCUCGCAUACGGUAUUCACAAGUCAACCCAGAGGGCAAAUUUAGAUCAUCCAUAUGGAUAUGCAAAUAUGAGACAUGUCGCUUCCCUGAUAUCGGGAGUUGGAAUUUUCUGUGUGGGAGCUGGUCUCUCUUUUUACCACGGAAUUACCGGUCUCAUUAGCCAAGAGCCGAUUGAAUCUCUGUAUUGGGCAUUUUAUAUUCUGGCUGGAUCUUUAGUUUCGGAAGGUGCAACGUUAUACUUGGCUGCCAAUUCAGUUCGAAAACGAGCAAAGGACUUGAAUAUGACGUUUAAAGAAUUCAUUCUACGUGGUCGAGAUCCAUCGUUAAACGUUGUGAUACUUGAAGACACUGCCGCCGUUGCUGGUGUGGCUGUUGCAGCCUCAUGCAUGGCUCUAACAAUGUGGACCAACUCUCCCAUUCCAGAUUCCGCUGGGUCUCUAGUUAUUGGAGGCCUCCUAGGUGGGGUUGCGUCCUUCAUUAUAUACUCAAAUAGCGCAGCUUUAGUUGGUAGAUCCAUUCCGAGAGACAACUUGGAUCAGAUCAAUGGUGAAUUAGAACAAGAUGUCAUGAUUCGUGCGAUUCAUGACGUGAAAGGAAUCGAUAUGGGAAACAUGCUUGUUCGAUACAAGGCAGAAGUGGACUUUGAUGGGCGUGAACUUACCAAGUCCUACAUAGAUAAACAAGAUUUUAAGCAACUGUUUGAGGAGUUCAAGGUGGUUAAGACUGAAGAAGACCUUGAAAAUUUUCUCCUGAAACAUGGAGAAGGCAUUGUAGACACUUUGGGGGCUGAGAUUGACCGUAUUGAAACUAAACUUAAGCAAACACAUCCUGAAAUCAGACAUUGCGACUUAGAAAUUCUAUAAUAUUUAAUUGUUGUUUAACCACUUAAUUGACGUACCUAAUUAAAAGAGGGCAUUCUCGUCCUCUUCUCCUGUGGGUAUUUGCAUACACCUACAGCGGUAAAAAAAUAUUGUUAGUAUUAUAUGUACUAUAUAUGUAGGUUAAGCUUCUAUGUUAAAUUAUUCACAACUGACCGACACAUGCUUGGAACCCAAACUCGCAAACGGCCACAAGACUUUGGAAUGCAUUUGCACUCGCAAGUUAAGUCAUCCCAGUACCGGAGUGGUUCCAUAUUUGAAAACUGCAUUUCAAGGCAUUUGUGUUUCUCUUCCUGGACUUUGCAACUACACGCGCAGUUGUUGGCGUCAUAAGUCUAUCAUUUUGUAUUUUAGUUAAAGUCGGACGUAUUAACAGUGAUACAAAAAAAUAAAUAUAAUAUUUGGACAAUGUA